AUGCAGGGUGGCACCGAGGAGUUGUCAGAGAUUGUAGAAAUACGUCACAGGUUUCACAGGCGAGAAGGAUUUGGCAUGGUCUUGUGUCUCGAGAUCGAUGUGCCAAUACCUACGGCAUUAAUCUCUUACGACAUCCGUGUUGCCAUCGGCGGGAGGGAAGCAUCAGAUUAUGACACCGAUGACGCACAUAUUAUAAAUCAUGAGGAUUUGGUUAAAGAG